AUGAAUAAAGAGCCUAAGGAGUGGGCUUAUUGGCUAAGUUCGAGUACGGAAGACUCUUCUACUACCGACGAAGGUUGCGCUGAUGACGCGACUUGUGAGGGUCGUACGUGGAGUAUACGUCUGGAGGAAGACAUGUUCUGGACACGCAUUGGAGGCGUGUGGUCACUACUAGAACUUGAAUGGUUUGUAAGCAGGCGAGCUCAGGAUGGCCAGCCCGCUGCCGCAGUGCUGCUGCUCAAGCGUUCACGAUGCGCCGCCGUUGGUAUGGCCAUGGUUGGACAUCGACUUCAAGUUGUCGGAUUUAGGGUGGUCUAG